CCAUUGUAUGUUACUUGGCCAGCUGCUUCAUUUUAAGCAAAUGUAUGAUCAAACUACAAUGACCUUCAGACAUAAAAAUGCAAAACGAAUUGAAGGGAUUGAAAGAAAUAUAUGGACGGAAUUUAUCAAUUUAGCUGCAGAUCCCUCAGUUGUUAAUCUUGGACAAGGCUUUCCUGAUAUAUCUCCUCCUAACUACUUAAAAGAAGCGCUGGCAAAAGCUUCCUUUGUGAAUAGAUUAAAUCAAUACACACGUGGUUUUGGACACCCAUCAUUGGUGAAGGCCUUGUCCCAAGUUUAUGGAAAGGUCUGUGAUAGAAAGAUUGACCCAUUCACUGACAUUCUGGUGACAAUUGGAGCAUAUGGAUCUCUGUUUAGUGCAAUGAAAGGACUCAUUGAAGUAGAAGAUGAAGUAAUAAUAAUAGAGCCAUACUAUGACUGUUGUGUGAACAUGGUAAAGAUGGCAGGGGCAAAACCUGUCUGCAUACCUUUGAAAUACAAACCUGCGGUUGGAGGAGACAUUGCCUCUAGUGCUGACUGGGUCUUGGACCCUGAUGAACUUGCAAGUAAAUUCAAUUCCAAGACAAAAGCUAUUCUGCUGAAUACCCCUCACAAUCCUAUAGGAAAGGUCUAUGCAAAAGAAGAGCUCCAGACAAUUGCUGAUCUCUGUAUUAAGCAUGAUAUCUUGUGCAUCAGUGAUGAAGUAUAUGAGUGGCUGGUAUACACUGGAAAGAAACACAUUAAAAUUGCUACUUUGCCUGGAAUGUGGGAAAGAACAGUGACUAUAGGAAGUGUUGGGAAAACAUACACUGUAACUGGCUGGAAGCUUGGAUGGUCCAUUGGCCCCCAGCAUCUGAUAAAACAUUUGCAAGUCGUUCAGCAAAAUUCACUCUAUACAUGUCCAACUCCAUUACAGGAGGCUGUGGGACAAGCUUUUUUGUUAGAUUUCCAACGGAUGGACGAGUCAGACUGCUAUUUCUACUCUCUGCCUAGAGAAUUAGAGGUCAAGAGGAACCAGCUGGCUCAAAUGCUGCAAGAAGUUGGACUGAAACCUGUUAUUCCCGAGGGAGGAUACUUCAUGAUUGUUGAUGUGUCUGUGCUAAAUGUCGAUUUAUCGGACAUGGAAGAGGAUAAGCCUUACGAUUACAAAUUUGUGAAAUGGAUGAUAAAAAACAAGAAGCUGGCAGCUAUCCCUCUCUCUUCAUUUUGUGGCCCAGAGACUCAACAGAAGUUUGAAAAGUACAUCCGUUUUUGCUUCAUCAAAGAAGACAGCACGCUGGAUGCGGCAGAAAAGAUCUUGAAGAACUGGAAGCAACAUUAGUCCCGAAGUUAAUUUGCCAAUUCUUUCAGAUUUCUGUACAUGCAGUUGUACAUUGAACACUGGACUUCACUUACAUUUUUAAUGAACCUUUUGAAAAUUGCACCAUGCUGCCAUCUACAGGAUAUUGAAUAAUAAUGUGAUAAAGGGUUGCUUUUGAUUGUCUUCCAGAUUUUACACCCUUUUUCAAGAAAAGAUGACAAUGUAGUCAUGCAUGCUGCAGCGGAAGUUGCAGCAGUGCACAACCACAUUGUGAAGUAGGACAGAUGUUCUUUAAAGAUUAAAGAAGCUUACUUACAUGCCAGCUUUGUCAGAGCUAUUAUCAUUUGCCAUGGUAAACAUAGUGCUUUGAUAAAAGAGCAUGUAUAGUGCUCCGGACAGCUAUAUAGCAAUACUUUUGCUUUCUAAAAUUGCACCUGCCAUUUUACGUGGUCCGUGCUACUGCAGGAAACUAAAUGGCAGGUGCAACUGUAGAAAAUGAAAGUGUUGCUAUAUAGCCAUCUGGAGCACUAUACGUGUUCUUUAAUCAAAGCGCCAUUUUUAACAUUGCAAAUGAUAACAGUUUUGACGAAGCAAGUGCAUAAGUAGGCUUCGUUGAUCUUUAAAGAGAAUCUCGGGGGGGAGCGGGGGAGAGUCAGGAAGAUGUGGCAGUUUGAUCCACAUCUCCUCUCAUCUUUCCCUGAGAAGGGGUAUAGUAUUUUUCCAGAACAUCCAUUACAAUCAUUCUGCUUUAUUUUAGAUUUUUAAAAAUACAAUUUAUUUAAAACAUGCAAAUGUAUCCAUUAGAUCCCAGUAAGUGGGUGCCUUUACAAAUGUGGUUAUGUACUUUCAAUACAGCUGUUGUUUGACUAGCCGCUGUUCUGUAUGCCCAGCAGAAACAGACUGUGUAUGAAUGCUUUGCCUGACAGAGACCUUGUUGUACUAGACUGUGCCAGGAAAUCCCAUGGCUGCUGGUAAGAAGAAGGCAGCUGCAUAGCAGUCAGGGCUAGAUCAGGGCAAUCUUUCCCUCACGGAGAUGACAUGGUCUAGACUUUCUAUGAAUACUGGUUGUGUCUUCACAGACAGCCAGGGCCAUUUGGAUCUAAUAACAAUUGACUGUAUAGAAAAUAAAUCUACAACAAAAGACAAAUCAAUUGACUGUCUAGAAAAUAAAUCUACAACAAAAGACAUUUGAUCACAAAUACUAUAAUAUCAGGGAAGAAGGAAAGAUGAUGAUGAUACAUGCAGAUUUCUCUCAAAAUUUGAUUUUAUAUUACUUCAAGGGACUUGGAGCGCAGAGUCUCCUUUCAUGGAUAGUUUUACAUGUUACGACAUCCCAGCAGAUCUGUCAUCAAAAGGGAGAGCAAAGUGGGGAUUAGGCAUAUUGGUCUCAACAAAGCUGAUGGUUAUGGUGGUGGAAUUAGAAACAUGUUUGAAUUGGCUAUGACAUUAAUGGUCCAGUUUGGUCAGAUAUCCUGUUUAAUUAUUAAUGUCUGUUUCUCCCAACUACAGACAAAGUUCAAUUAGAUGUGACCUGGACUGGAUUUGAAAACUAUAUUAAUCAUUUAAGAAAGGCAUACCUGACAGCAUAUUUUAUUAUAGGUGAAGAUUUCAAUGCCAGAAUUGAUGAAUGUGAGGAUAGCCACCCAGCUCUGGUGUUGAAAGAUAGAAAUGUAGCUCUCCCACUUACUAGCUGUUCGAAAGAUUUUAAAUAUAACUAUGCUGGGAUUAAAUUGGUUCAGUUGGUAAAUAACAUAAGAGGUAGCAUAUUAAAUGGGUCUUAUCCAAAUGAUUACCAGCUGAAUUCACAUAUCACUCUGGAGGUGAGUCUAAUUGAUUACAUCAUUGUAUCCCAUGAAUUAGUCAGACUAGUGGAAAACUUUGAGGUCUCCUCUCAUUAUGACAGUGAACAUUUACUCACUAUUUGAAAUACAGUAUUCCUAGAUAUAACCAAAAUGUUUUAGACAUAUAUUGACGCAAGAUCGAGUUUGAUAAGAAGCACUGUAGAGUGAGAUGAACCCUAGAAUGGAAAAUAAGAUUAAAAAAUUAUUAAGCUCCGAAGAGAUAGAGAGAAUUUUGGUAAGAAUUUUAGAUACAGAAGACAAUGCCAGUUGCUUAGGAGGAUAUAAUCAGGUAAUUAAUCAGAUAAAUAAAGUAAUGAUAAAACAAACUUUAUAGCUGAAAUGAUAGAUGUACAAAUUUAUGGAACGACAAAGAAUGUAAUGAUGCAAAAAUAGCUUAUAAACAUUUGUAUCAUAGGAGGAUGAGCUGUUAGUGGAAAUGAAAAAAACAAACGAAGUGCAAAACAUUGAUUUGAAGAAAAAGGAGGAAGAUUCAAAGAAGGCUUGUGCCCAAUUAAAUCAGGCAAUAAAGGAGAAAAAUCAUUCACUAUUUUGGAGAUUGACCUCAAAUACUAUAAUUAGAUCUCUUGCCUCUAUGAUAUGUGAAAUUAUCCCAGAAGUGUGGGAAAAUUAUUUUAGACAACUUUAUGCCACAGGGGAGAAAGAGCCUGUAUAUUGUGGAGAUGAGGAAAACCUGCCAUUUUGGCCCACCAUUUUGAUGAUAGAGACUGAGUGAAUGGAUGGACCAGGAGGUUUGUGUUGCUGAAGAACAAGCUGGAUUUAGGAAAGACUGUUCAUGCUUAGAUCAUUGUUUAAUAUUAGAUCAUUUAAUCUCCAAAUGUGCCUCUAAAUAAACAGUCUUCCUGUAUAUUGCA